CUGGCAGUUUUUUUUUUUACUUUCCCCUUUUUUGUUUUGUUUUUGUUUUUAAGUCAGUUAUUUAUGAUAGAAGAUCACGGAUCUCUAAUAUUUGACAUCAUCCUUCUCCAUCCCCACAAUCCCCUGUACUUCUUACUGAUUUCUCUGAUAGAAAAAAGUGCAGUUUGAUAUGGCGCAAAAUGAGUCACUGUCGGAGUUGCUAGCCACCGCGAUUGAUGCGGCGAAGAGUGCUGGCGAGGUGAUCCGGAGAGGGUUUUAUCAGCCCAAAACUGUGGAGCAUAAAGGCGUGGUGGAUUUGGUCACAGAAACUGACAAAGCUUGUGAGGAUCUUAUAUUCAAUCAUCUCAAGCAGCAUUACCCUACACAUAAGUUCAUUGGGGAGGAAACUACUGCUGCUUGUGGUGCUAUGGAGCUGACUGAUGAACCUACAUGGAUAGUUGAUCCUGUCGACGGAACAACCAACUUUGUGCAUGGAUUCCCCUUUGUCUGUGUUUCUAUUGGUCUUACAAUUAAAAAGAUUCCAACGGUGGGUGUCGUCUACAACCCAAUAUUGAACGAGCUUUUCACUGGCGUCCUUGGACAAGGUGCUUUCCUUAAUGGUAAUCCAAUAAAAGUUUCAUCCCAAAGUGAACUUGUGAAGUCUCUUCUUGUCACUGAGGAAGGAACAAAACGUGAUCAGUUGACAUUGGAUGCCUCAGCAAACAGGAUUAAUCGCUUGCUCGCCCUGGUAAGAUCCAUUCGGAUGAGUGGCUCCUGUGCAUUGGAUCUUUGUGGAGUUGCUUGUGGAAGGCUGGACUUAUUUUAUAUAGUUGAAUGUGGACCAUGGGAUGUUGCAGGCGGUGCUGUGAUUGUCAAAGAAGCUGGUGGACUUGUUUAUGAUUUGUCUGGUGAUGAUCUCGCACUGACAGCAGGGAGAAUCGCAGCUUCAAACCCUCUCUUGAGACAUGCUUUCGUCGAAGCUUUGCAGCAAUAAGAGUGGGGAAGAACCUAAAUUUUGUUCAAAUUUCAAUUUAUUAUUUGCCUGCAAUAAAUAUUUGUGAGGAAUCUUAAGCAUGCUGAAAUGACAGCCAUGAGACUACCAGUUUAGUGAAAUAAUCUCUUGAUUUACUGCUA